AUGUCAAAACGAGUCUACUUUGCCGUUGAAGGACGUGUCCAAGGUGUUGGCUUCCGAUACUUCACUCAGAAAAAAGCACAGGAGUACGGAGUGACUGGCUGGUGCCGAAACACAAAAGACGAGAGGGUCGAGGGAGAGGCUCAAGCCAGUGAGGAGGUUCUGUCCAAGUUCUUCAAGGAUGUGGAUGAUGGCCCAAGAUCUGCUCGAGUGACAAAGGUGUCGCAAGAAGACAGGCAAACUAUCGACGGGGAGAGUGAUUUCUCCGUCACACGUUAG